AACUUCCUCUUUCGGGGUUCUUCCUUUCUGUCUCAGCUCUCCGUCUCUCUCUCUUUCUCUCUCAGCCUCUGUCUUUCUCCCUGUCUCCCCUACUGUCAGCACCUCUUCUGUGUGGUGAGUGGACCGCUCACCCCUCUAGGUGAAGAUGUCGGCCCAGGAGAGCUGCCUCAGCCUCAUCAAAUACUUCCUCUUCGUUUUCAACCUCUUCUUCUUCGUCCUGGGCAGCCUGAUCUUCUGCUUCGGCAUCUGGAUCCUCAUCGACAAGACCAGCUUCGUGUCCUUUGUGGGCUUGGCCUUCGUGCCCCUGCAGAUCUGGUCCAAAGUCCUGGCCAUCUCUGGAGUCUUCACCAUGGGCCUCGCCCUCCUGGGUUGUGUGGGGGCCCUCAAGGAGCUCCGCUGCCUCCUGGGCCUGUAUUUUGGGAUGCUGCUGCUCCUGUUUGCCACGCAGAUAACCCUGGGAAUCCUCAUCUCCACUCAGCGGGCCCAGCUGCAGCGAAGCUUGCAGGACAUCGUAGAGAAAACCAUCCAAAAGUACCGCACCAACCCUGAGGAGACCGCGGCCGAGGAGAGCUGGGACUAUGUGCAGUUCCAGCUGCGCUGUUGCGGCUGGCACUCCCCGCAGGACUGGUUCCAGGUCCUCACCCUGAGAGGUAACGGGUCGGAGGCGCACCGCGUGCCCUGCUCCUGCUACAACUUGUCAGCGACCAACGACUCCACAAUCCUGGAUAAGGUGAUCUUGCCCCAGCUCAGCAGGCUUGGACAGCUGGCGCGGUCCAGACACAGUACAGACAUCUGCGCGGUCCCUGCAAACAGCCACAUCUACCGCGAGGGCUGCGCGCGGAGCCUCCAGAACUGGCUGCACAACAACCUUAUUUCCAUAGUGGGCAUUUGCCUGGGUGUCGGCCUACUCGAGGUGAUCUGGCCCCGCCCCCACUCGCGAUCUGCCGGGAUUUACCCUAGAUGGCCCUGCCCUUCAUUUCGCGUCCUCCGGUUGCCUGGGAAGGACGCGCUCGGGGCGGAGCGCAGCCCACCCCAGCCCUCCCGCGGCUCCACCCAGCACCAGGGGUGGGGGCGGCCUAGCUUCAGGGAGCCCUGAUUGGCUGCACGCAGGGAAAACCUCCUGCUAUUGGCUGCGAUCUCCCUCCCCUUUCCCCGCAGAUGACUGUUAUGAUGCUGAGCGUGCAGCUACAGCGCAGGGCACUCCGCCGGAAAUGCGAGCCGCACUUGCCGGGCGCUCGGGGUUCGAGCCCCGGGCCCAGUCUGAUCGCUGACGGCGGCGGCGGGCGCAGCGGCAGUCUGUGGGGUGGUUGGGGCAUGGCGGGUGCCUGCCCCAACUGGGGGGACAAGGCCCCGCAGGGCAAGCUGCCCAUGGCCCUGGGACUCUGGCCGCUGUGGGUUCAAGACGAGGACCAGCCUGAUACUGGGAGUGCAGGCGCAGAAUUAGAGGCCGAGGCAGAAUUAGAGGCCGAGGCAGAGGGGGAGAGAGAUGAGCCUCCAGAAUAAACGACCCUGG